AUGCUCAGACCAUGCCUGCUCCACGUGGUGAGCCUCACGACUGCAAUUAGGAGCUGCUCGGCUAAACUGGAUCAUACGAAAGCUCCGCCCAACUUGACUGAGAUUGAGGACAGUCUCUACUGGACAUGGCGCUCCAAGGCACACAUUGUGCCUCUGCAAGGAACCUUGCAAGAUCCAUGCAUGCACUACACCGAUCCAGAUACUGGCUCCUUUCAUGUCAAUUUCCUCCUGAACAAAGCACCAAACGGUGCAUCGGGCACCAAGACAGAUGACUUGGUCACUUAUGAGGAUGUGAACCCCAUGGGAAAGCAGUUCAUCUCACCAGGGGGAGCCAACGAUCCGCUUGCUGUCUUUGACGGCUCCGUCAUCCCUAGCGGGAUUGACGGGAAGCCGACUUUGAUGUACUCCGGUGUAAAACACCUCCCAAUUACUUGGUCGAUUGAAUAUAUAGCUGAAAGCGAGACUCAAUCCGUUGCUGUUUCAUAUGAUGGAGGCAGGAACUUCACCAAGAUGGAUUGGGACCCUGUCAUCGUACAGCCGGACAACAUCGAACCAACCGCUUUCCGGGACCCGUAUUUCUUCCAGAGUUAUCAGCUCGAUGAGCUGAUCAGUGCCAGUCGAAACGGCACAUGGUACGUGACUAUUUCUGGGGGCAUCAAAGGGGAUGAGGCUGGCCCAGCCGAGUUUUUAUAUCGACAAAAUGGUACCGCUGAGGAUGAUUUCCAAUCCUGGGAGUAUCUUGGGAUGUGGUGGAAGGAGGCCCAGAAUGUGACCUCAUCUGAUGCCACCUUUGGUAUUGUCUACGGAUUUAACGAAGAGGUUUCCAAUACCCAAAACAUUGACCAGAAUGGUAUCAACAAUAGUGAUGGAGAAAUGUUUCAUACAUUUGGGAGCGAAUGGACCGACGAAUGGAACCACGUCGUAGGCGAUGCGCCUAAGGGUGAAUACCAUCACGAUAUGCAUUGGGCCUCCGGGGAAGUCAUACUCCACAAUCAGACUCAACUCCCAAUCUUCACGCCCACAAUGUCCGGUUUCCUGGACUGGGGUAUCUCUGCUUACGCAGCCGCGGGCCAGACCCUCCCGUCCUCGUCUUUAGCCUCUACCAAGAGUGGCCUACACCACGACCGAUGGAUCAGCUAUGUCUGGCUCACCGGAAAUCUUUACGGAAAAAAAGGAUACGAAGAUGCUCCAGCAGCGACUUGGACGGGCGCACUGUGUCUGCCUCGGGAGCUCACUGUUGGAUAUAUCACAAACGUCGUGGACAACGAGCUUUCUCGUGAGGUUCCCGGCGCUUGGGUCGUUGACUCUGCUGAUAAAUCCGCCGGGACACUAUCUCUCAAGACUCUUCGACAAGUCAUUGCGCAAGAGCCUCUGGCUGCCAUGCGUGGAGAUGGCUCGCGCCUGAGUACAGAGCCAGCGCGGAAAAUCACCUCACCCAGUCGGAUAGCAUUUGCUCAGAGUCCUACAUCGCGCUACUUCGUUCUGACUGCUAACCUAACGUUUCCCUCUUCGGCACGCACGAGUGACUUGCGUGCGGGUUUGCGGAUCUUGGAAAGCGAACACGAGAGCACCACGAUAUGGUACAAACUCUCCAACGAGACGCUCCUCGUCGACCGUUCCAAUUCAAGCGCGGCUGCGGCUACAACCGGAGGCACAAAGAUCGAUACACGCCCAGAGAAAGGCCUGCUUCGGCUGUUCGACCUGCUUGAAGACGGAGAAGAGACCUUGGAGACCUUGAAGCUGACUGUGGUGGUCGACAACUCCAUCGUCGAGAUCCACGCAAAUGACAGAUUCGCCUUAUCCACGUGGAUUAAACCUUGGUACAGCGCCUCGACUAAUAUCAGCUUCUUCGCUGAGGGUACCGGGAGCGUCGAUUUCAGCGAUGUGACCAUCCACGAGGGUCUUUACGAUGCUUUCCCCCACAGGACAUAUGAGAGCGUGAGCUCGAGCGCAAACCACAGCUCGGCUGCAAACUCCACCAAGUCCUCGCUGUCUUACUCAGAUUAUCCCAUACUUCUCAUCACUUGGGGUGCGAUCACCGUCUUCUUUAGCCUGAUGUAA